AUGGCUAGCACAUCCCUGCCCAACCUGGUGCCCAUUGGCCCAGAUUGCUUGCGCCCCUUCACCCGGGAGUCCCUGGCAGCCAUAGAACAGCGGGCAGUGGAGGAGGAGGCCCGGCUGCAGCGGAACAAGCAGAUGGAAAUAGUGGAGCCAGAGCGGAAGCCACGCAGUGACCUAGAAGCUGGCAAGAAUCUGCCUCUCAUCUAUGGGGACCCACCACCGGAAGUCAUUGGCAUCCCCCUGGAGGACUUGGACCCCUACUACAGUGACAAAAAGACCUUCAUCGUGCUCAACAAGGGCAAGUCCAUCUUUCGCUUCUCUGCCACGCCUGCGCUCUACAUCCUGAGCCCCUUCAGCAUCAUCAGGCGUGGGGCCAUCAAGGUGCUUAUCCACUCGCUGUUCAGCAUGUUCAUCAUGAUCACCAUCUUGACCAACUGUGUGUUCAUGACCAUGAGUGACCCGCCGCCCUGGUCCAAGGAUGUGGAGUACACCUUCACAGGGAUCUACACGUUUGAGUCCCUCAUCAAGAUGUUAGCCCGGGGCUUCUGCAUCGAUGACUUCACAUUCCUGAGGGACCCCUGGAACUGGCUGGACUUCAGUGUCAUCAUGAUGGCGUAUCUGACAGAGUUCGUGGACCUAGGAAACAUCUCAGCCCUGAGAACCUUCCGGGUACUGCGGGCCCUGAAAACCAUCACUGUCAUCCCAGGGCUGAAGACCAUUGUGGGGGCCCUGAUCCAGUCAGUGAAAAAGCUGUCCGACGUGAUGAUCCUCACCGUCUUUUGCCUAAGUGUCUUUGCCCUGGUGGGACUGCAGCUGUUCAUGGGGAACCUCCGUCAGAAGUGUGUGCGCUGGCCCCCACCCUUCAACGACACCAACACCACCACAUGGUACAGCAAUGACACGUGGUACGGCAAUGACACGUGGAACAGCCACGAGAGCUGGGCCAGCAACUCCACUUUUGACUGGGAUGCCUACAUCAGUGACGAAGAUAACUUCUAUUUCCUGGACGGUUCCAAUGAUGCCCUGCUCUGUGGGAACAGCAGUGAUGCUGGGCAUUGCCCUGAGGGGUAUGAAUGCAUGAAGGCUGGCCGGAACCCCAACUAUGGCUACACCAGCUACGACACCUUCAGCUGGGCCUUCCUGGCUCUCUUCCGCCUCAUGACCCAGGACUACUGGGAGAACCUCUUCCAGCUGACCCUUCGAGCAGCUGGCAAGACCUACAUGAUCUUCUUUGUGGUUAUCAUCUUUCUUGGCUCCUUCUACCUCAUCAAUCUGAUCCUGGCAGUGGUGGCCAUGGCCUAUGCAGAGCAGAAUGAGGCCACCCUGGCGGAGGACCAGGAGAAAGAGGAAGAGUUUCAGCAGAUGCUUGAGAAAUUCAAAAAGCACCAGGAAGAGCUGGAGAAGGCCAAGGCUGCCCAGGCUCUGGAAAGUGGAGAGGGAAAUGGGGACCAGGCCCACAACAAAGACUGCAAUGGCAGCCUGGACACGUCAGCGGGGGAGAAGGGGCCCCCGAGGCCUAGCUGCAGUGCAGACAGUGCCAUCUCUGAUGCUAUGGAAGAGCUGGAAGAGGCCCACCAGAAGUGCCCACCUUGGUGGUACAAGUGCUCACACAAAGUGCUCAUAUGGAACUGCUGUGCCCCGUGGGUAAAGUUCAAGCACAUAAUCCACCUGAUCGUCAUGGACCCCUUCGUGGACCUGGGCAUCACCAUCUGCAUCGUGCUCAACACCCUCUUCAUGGCCAUGGAGCAUUACCCCAUGACAGAGCACUUUGACAACGUGCUCUCUGUUGGCAACCUGGUCUUCACUGGCAUCUUCACUGCAGAGAUGGUGCUGAAGCUGAUCGCCAUGGAUCCCUAUGAGUAUUUCCAGCAGGGCUGGAACAUCUUUGACAGCAUCAUUGUCACCCUCAGCCUGGUGGAGCUGGGCCUGGCCAAUGUGCAGGGGCUGUCGGUGCUUCGCUCCUUCCGUCUGCUGCGGGUCUUCAAGCUAGCCAAGUCAUGGCCAACGCUCAACAUGCUCAUCAAGAUCAUCGGCAACUCAGUGGGGGCGCUGGGCAACCUGACAUUGGUGCUGGCCAUCAUCGUGUUCAUCUUUGCUGUGGUGGGCAUGCAGCUGUUUGGCAAGAGCUACAAGGAGUGUGUGUGCAAGAUCGCCUCAGACUGCAGCCUGCCCCGCUGGCAUAUGCAUGACUUUUUCCACUCCUUCCUCAUCGUCUUCCGCAUCCUGUGUGGGGAAUGGAUCGAGACCAUGUGGGACUGCAUGGAGGUGGCUGGCCAGGCCAUGUGUCUCACAGUCUUCCUCAUGGUCAUGGUCAUCGGCAACCUGGUGGUCCUGAACCUGUUCCUGGCUCUCCUGCUGAGCUCCUUCAGCGCUGAUAGCCUGGCAGCCUCGGAUGAAGAUGGCGAGAUGAACAACCUACAGAUCGCCAUCGGGCGCAUCAAGUGGGGUAUUGGCUUCGCCAAGGCCUUCCUCCUGGGGCUGCUGCAUGGCAAGGUCCUGAGCCCCAAGGACAUAAUGCUGAGCCUUGGGGAGCCUGGGGGCACUGGAGAGGCUGGAGAAGCUGGGGACAGUGCCCCUGAGGAUGAGAAGAAGGAGCUGCCGCCCGAUGAGGGGGACAAGGACCUGAAGAAGAACAAUCACAUCCUCAACCACGUGGGCCUGGCUAACGGCACACCUACCAGCAUCGAGCUGGACCACCUCAACUUCAUCAAUAACCCUUAUCUGACUAUCCAGGUGCCCAUUGCCUCCGAGGAGUCAGAUCUAGAGAUGCCCACUGAGGAGGAGACUGACACAUUCUCAGAGCCUGAGGACAUCAAGAAGCCGCCUCCACCCCUCUAUGAUGGGAACUCCUCCGUCUGCAGCACAGCUGACUACAAGCCUCCUGAGGAAGACCCUGAGGAGCAGGCCGAGGAGAACCCCGAGGGAGAGCAGCCUGAGGAGUGCUUCACUGAAGCUUGUGUGCAGCGAUGUCCCUGCCUCUAUGUGGACAUCUCCCAGGGCCGUGGGAAGAUGUGGUGGACCCUUCGCAGGGCCUGCUUCAAGAUUGUUGAGCACAACUGGUUUGAGACCUUCAUUGUCUUCAUGAUUCUGCUCAGCAGUGGGGCUCUAGCCUUCGAGGACAUCUAUAUCGAGCAGCGGCGUGUCAUCCGCACCAUCCUGGAAUACGCAGACAAGGUCUUCACCUACAUCUUCAUCGUGGAGAUGCUGCUCAAGUGGGUGGCAUACGGCUUCAAGGUGUACUUCACCAACGCCUGGUGCUGGCUUGACUUCCUCAUCGUGGAUGUCUCCAUCAUCAGCCUGGUAGCCAACUGGCUGGGCUAUUCUGAGCUGGGACCCAUCAAAUCUCUGCGCACACUGAGGGCCCUGCGUCCCCUGAGAGCGCUGUCUCGAUUUGAGGGCAUGAGGGUGGUCGUGAACGCCCUCUUGGGAGCCAUCCCCUCCAUCAUGAAUGUGCUGCUGGUGUGCCUCAUCUUCUGGCUUAUCUUCAGCAUCAUGGGCGUCAACCUGUUUGCUGGAAAGUUCUACUACUGCAUCAACACCACCACCUCAGAGAGGUUCGACAUCUCGGAGGUCAACAACAAGUCACAGUGUGAAAGCCUCAUGCACACAGGCCAGGUCCGCUGGCUCAACGUCAAGGUCAACUACGACAACGUGGGUCUGGGCUACCUCUCGCUCCUGCAGGUGGCCACCUUCAAGGGCUGGAUGGACAUCAUGUAUGCAGCUGUGGACUCUCGAGAGAAGGAGGAACAGCCGCAGUAUGAGGUAAACCUCUACAUGUACCUCUACUUCGUCAUCUUCAUCAUCUUCGGGUCCUUCUUCACGCUCAACCUCUUCAUCGGUGUCAUCAUCGACAACUUCAACCAGCAGAAGAAGAAGUUUGGAGGAAAAGACAUCUUCAUGACAGAAGAACAGAAGAAAUACUAUAAUGCCAUGAAGAAGCUUGGCUCCAAGAAGCCCCAGAAGCCAAUCCCCCGGCCCCAGAACAAAAUCCAGGGCAUGGUGUACGACUUUGUGACGAAGCAGGUGUUCGACAUCACCAUCAUGAUCCUCAUCUGCCUCAACAUGGUCACCAUGAUGGUCGAGACGGACGACCAGAGCCAGCUCAAGGUGGACAUCCUGUACAAUAUCAACAUGGUCUUCAUCAUCAUCUUCACCGGGGAGUGCGUGCUCAAGAUGUUUGCGCUGCGCCACUACUACUUCACUGUCGGCUGGAACAUCUUUGACUUUGUGGUGGUCAUCCUGUCCAUCGUGGGCCUCGCGCUCUCCGAUCUGAUACAGAAAUACUUCGUGUCUCCCACGCUGUUCCGUGUGAUCCGUCUGGCUCGGAUUGGACGUGUCCUGCGGCUGAUCCGUGGGGCUAAGGGCAUCCGGACGCUGCUCUUCGCCCUCAUGAUGUCUCUGCCUGCCCUCUUCAACAUUGGCCUCCUCCUCUUCCUUGUCAUGUUCAUCUACUCUAUCUUUGGCAUGUCCAACUUCGCCUAUGUCAAGAAAGAGUCGGGCAUUGACGACAUGUUCAACUUCGAGACCUUCGGCAACAGCAUCAUCUGUCUUUUUGAGAUCACCACGUCGGCUGGCUGGGAUGGGCUUCUGAACCCCAUCCUCAACAGUGGGCCCCCAGACUGUGACCCCACCCUGGAGAACCCAGGCACCCAUAUCAAGGGUGACUGUGGCAAUCCAUCCAUCGGCAUCUGCUUCUUCUGCAGCUACAUCAUCAUCUCCUUCCUCAUCGUGGUCAACAUGUACAUUGCCAUCAUCCUGGAGAACUUCAAUGUGGCCACGGAGGAGAGCAGCGAGCCCCUGUGUGAGGAUGACUUUGAGAUGUUUUAUGAGACGUGGGAGAAGUUUGACCCGGAUGCCACACAGUUCAUUGAUUACAACCGCCUCUCCGACUUCGUGGACACCCUGCAGGAGCCGCUAAAGAUUGCCAAGCCUAACAAGAUCAAGCUCAUCACACUGGAUCUGCCCAUGGUGCCAGGGGACAAGAUCCACUGCCUGGACAUCCUCUUUGCCCUCACCAAAGAGGUGCUGGGCGACUCUGGGGAAAUGGAUGCCCUCAAGCAGACAAUGGAGGAGAAGUUCAUGGCAGCCAAUCCUUCCAAGGUCUCCUACGAGCCCAUCACCACCACCCUCAAGAGGAAGCAGGAGGAGGUGUGUGCCAUCAAGAUCCAGAGGGCCUACCGCCGGCAUCUGCUGCAGCGCUCUGUGAAGCAGGCAUCCUACCUGUACCGCCACAGCCAGGAUGGCAGCGCGGAUGAGGCCCCGGAGAAGGAAGGACUCAUCGCCAGUGCCAUGAACAAGAUGUAUGGCCGUGAGAACGGAGGCCACUGCAGCGUCCACAGUCAGGGGGAGGAGGAAGGCUCUACAGGGGCUGAGGGACCCCCCUCGGGGCUUACACCUGUCAGCCCCUCAGAUCCUGCCCCACCCCCUGCCCCCCCACCAGGACAGACAGUGCGCCCAGGGGUCAAAGAGUCUCUUGUCUAG